CAACAUCCUCUCAUUUGUGCUUAUCUUCCUUUUUGACUUCGAGGGCACUGUUUUCCCUCACCGCAAUAGUUUAAACUGAAUGCAUUCAGACCUGCUGCACUGCUAGUUCUUACAGGAGCUUCCCUUUAGGUUAGAGUGCACCCCUCAAUUUCUUAUAUCUCUGUUUUGACAGUUGGGUUGACAUCAGUAAGGAAAUUUGGUUCAGCAGUGGUCCCUCGAUUCUGGUGCAGUUGCUGUUAUUGUUGCCAAAGUAAGCUGCCUGUCAGUACAAUCAGCAGAGCUGGUCAUCAAGUCAAUUCCUAGAGGCAACACAAAGUGGAGGCAGUAUGGUCAAGGACACUUUUCUAAGCCGCUGCUGAGUGAGGGACUUUCUGCAAAGCACAUUGAUGGCAAGUGUUUCUCCAUUUUGCCUUACACAUAAGCACUUCAUCCGAAGGUAUAUGAGUACAGCUGACUCUUGCAGGUUUUGCCAACUGGCCAGCAGAAGUAAACACAGCAACCUGAAGAGGAGAGAUGGAGGCUUAUUUCCCUGACUAUCACAAAGAGGAAGACACUCUGGAUUUUGAGUCUUUUCAGGGAACGAAGAGUAAAUUCAUUCAGCCAGCAUCUUUAAAAGACCCCCAACUUGAAAAGCUAAAGGAGGCACUGAUUGAUUGGAUCAAUAGGACUUUGAAAACGGAACACAUAGUGGUUCAGAGUCUGGAGGAAGAUCUGUACGAUGGACUGGUACUUCAUCACCUGCUGUCCAGGUUGGUCGGUGUGCACUUGGACGUAGAAGAAAUAGCACUGACCAGCCCUGCUCAGAUCUGCAAGCUGGAAGUAAUUCUAAAGGAGCUAGACAAGAGGCUGGGUCUGCAGGACAGCAGUUUGAUCAAAUGGAAUGUCAAACUCAUCCACAACAAAGAUCUUCUGGCCACUAUUCAUCUGCUGGUUGCCAUGGUGAAAUCUUUCCAGCCUGAACUGGAUCUGCCACCGAAUGUGAAGGUUGAAGUUGUAAUUGUUGAAGUCAUCAGAGGUGGAAUCAAAUCAGCUGUGGAGACAGAAGUCCUAACAGAGGACAAGGACACAGCCUCAGCCUCCUCCAACAAUCCGGAAAGGGAAGAUCCCAUCGAGCAACUACUUAAGUUGGAGACUCACAAGGUCAACACAGUGAAGAAGGCCAUCUUACAUUUUGUUAACCAGAAUAUGGCAACUUUGGGUUUGCAAGUAGCUGACAUGGACAAACAGUUUGCUGAUGGAGUGAUUCUGCUGCUUCUAAUUGGUCAGUUGGAGGGCUUCUUCAUCCCGCUCUUUGACUUCAACCUGACCCCUGUCAAUGAGUCUGAGAUGCUUCAUAAUGUUACCUUGGCGAUGGACCUCCUGCAUGAUACAGACCUGCAGCUGCCCAGUAUAGAUCCACAAGAUAUUGUAUCUCAGGACACUGCUGCCACCUUGAAGGUCCUGUAUGCCCUGUUCAACAAGUACAAAGGGAAAUAAAAAAGGACAUCUGGUGAAGACGGUCUUAGCAACUGGAAGUACAAACAAGCCUGAGUGGAGCUAUUUGUUUAUUGGAAAACUGGCUGCAAUUCAGAUUGAUUUAAGGGGUAAUUCUGGUUUCAUACAUUUUCAUAGUUUCAAACAUUACUCAUGCUCAUUAAAAACACACUGGAAUUUUUGCUAGUGGAUAUUAACUGUUCUAAGAUGAGGGGUCCAGUAUCAGGGGGAAAAAAAAUCAUUGUGAUAUUAGCUGAAAUUAUCCAAAUAGAUUUCUUAAAAGAAAACAAACAAACAAACAAACAAACAAAAAAAGAUGUCAGGAUGAAAAGUGUAUUUUUUAGAAACAUUUGCCAUGUUCAAACAUUAUAUCAGACUGCCAUUAAAUACACAGUAAGAAAUGGAUCAUAGUUCAAGGCUGGGUUAAUGGAGGCAGCUGCAGCAGCAAAUGGGUUUGGCAUAAGUGUAUCAGAAAAUUGAUAGUGAGAGGCGUAAAGUUAUGGCUCUGUACAUCUGGCUGAAUCACUGAUAGGAAGGCAUGACGGAAGCAGCAAGUGCAUUUAACUUCAGCAAUGUACCAAACCAAUAUGACUGGUAAGACCUGGAAAAAAUAACAACACACACACACACACACACACACACACACACACACACACACACACACACACACACACACACACACACACACACACACACACACACACACAAUAAAAAGAAUAAGAAACUGUUUUUUGUUUUCCAAAGAAGUUUUAUGAUGGUGUUUUUUUGUUUUGCACUGACUUAUAUUUUUGCUACUUUUUUUUAAAAGCAAAUUUAAUGGUUGCAACUUUAUUGUAUGUGAUAGACAAUCAGAAAUAUCCGCGUUUAAUAUUUAAAAGAAGUAUGACUAUGCUACAAUUAACUCAUAUUUUGUUGACAAAAAGAAAAUACUUUUUUUUUUAUUAUCAGUAUUAAUAAUAUAUUUGCUCUUUUUUCUUGUUGGGUGUAGCUUCGUAACAUGCUGCUCUUUCAUUUAGAGUUUAAUGUUGUGUCUUUUCUCUCAUUAUAUUUCAGUCUGAUAAAACUUACCAUACCACUCCUAUGCCUUCUGUUCUUCUCAAUAAACAACGUGAAUUUCUGUCUCCGGUGCAUCCUGUA